AAGGGCAAAGAAGUCAUGAUGGAGAGACAAGACCCAACACAUAAAAGCAGGAAACAAAGGGCAAUAAAAAGUAGAGCAAAACUACGCCUACUAGUGCGACAGAAAAGCGAGACUACCUACUAGCCUUCUAUCCUAAUCUGAGCCCUCCACAACCUCCUAUCUAAGGUCAUGUCCUCGGUAAUCUGAAACUGCGCCAUGUCCUGCCUAAUCACCUCUCCCCAAUAUUUCUUUGGCCUUCCUCUACCUCUCCUAAAACCGUCCAUAGCCAACCUCCGCACUGGGGCACCUAUUUCUGCAUCACUUGAUUUGUUGAAAUUUGUUUGAAUUUGUUUUUUGUGAUCAAGACCUUAGGAUUAAAGCUUGUAUGUUGAAAGUUAGGAAAGCAUAGAGGACUGCAGUGUGAUUAAGAGGAUGCUUAGUUUAGCUAAAGAAAUCUCUAUUGGAAUGGUUCUUAAAUUUACAGGCAAUGUCUAUUUGUUUGAUUGAUUGCCUUUAUUUUAAAGCUAUUCUAGGAUUUGUUAAGCCUAUGCAAAAGGAAUUAGCUUGAGGUAUCGAGAGCAAUGCACAAACAGAAGAUGAAAGAUUUACGUGGACAAAGCACUUGGAGGACUUUUAGAAGACAAGAUAUUUGUUCCUUGAAUUCUGCUUCUCUAUUUAUUAUAUUUUAUUGAAACUGAAAAAACAAAUUCCAGAUAUUGAGAAACAGAAUUGGAAUUUUAUUAUGUAUUAACACCUUCACUGAAUGUUUAUUGCCCGUGUCUGUUGGUAGAGGUCAUGACUCUUGAACAAUAGCUCUGUGCAUGGUGUUGGGUGAGUCGAGUGCAAAGAUGUUAUAAGAAGCAUGAAUUACAUAUUGCUUUUGGGGCAGUUUCCAUAUGUUGUACUAUCCACUGUCAUUCGAAUGAAUAGGUUGUUCGAAGGCUAAUUUUUUAAUACUUGGAUGGGUGCACCUAAACAGAAGUGGACUCCAGACGAAGAAGCUGCUCUUAAAGCUGGGGUGCGUAAGCAUGGACCAGGCAAAUGGCGGACAAUCCUCAAGGACCCAGAAUUUAGUGGAGUGUUGAACUCGCGUUCAAAUGUAGAUCUGAAGGACAAGUGGAGGAACAUGAGCGUGAUGGCAAAUGGCUGGGGUUCUAGAGAGAAAGCAAGGUUGGCUCUCAAAAGAAUGAAUCAAGCCCAUAAACAGGAGGAGAGUUCUUUAGCUGUUACCACUGAGGCUCAUAGUGAUGAGGAAAUUGCUGAAGCAAGACUAGCUACUACUUCUAGUGGUACUCCACAGAUUGGUGGGUCAAAAAGAUCUAUCAUAAGAUUGGAUAAUCUUAUAAUGGAGGCUAUAAGCAACUUGAAGGAGCUGGGUGGUUCCAACAAGACUACUAUAGCUACAUACAUAGAGGAUCAAUACUGGGCACCUCCAAACUUUAAAAGGCUACUUUCAGCGAAACUUAAGUAUUUAACUGCAACUGGGAGACUUAUUAAGAUGAAGCGAAAGUAUAGAAUAGCACCAAUGCCAGUAUUGUCUGACAGAAGAAGAAUCCCUUCCGUUCCUCUCUUGGAAAGCAGGCAGAGGAUCUCCUCUAGGGUUGAUGAGGAUGAUAUAAACAUGCUCACUAAGGCUCAAGUAGAUUUGGAAUUAACUAAGAUGAGUAUGAUACCUCAAGAGGCAGCAGCUGCUGCUGCACAAGCUGUUGCAGAAGCAGAAGUAGCCAUAGCAGAAGCUGAGGAUGCUUCUAGAGUGGCUGAUGUUGCUGAGGCUGAAGCCGAAGCUGCACAAGCCUUUGCAGAAGCUGCAAUGAAGGCACUACGAGGGAGAAGCACCCCAAGGACGGUAAGAUAUUUGUAUAAUAUCAGAUCAGUUACUUGGUUUUUCUUGAUUGUACCAUUCCCCCAGUCCCCUUCUCUUUUCUUUCUUUUCCUUGUAAGUGAGACAACUUUUCCUUUAUCCUUUGGUGUUUUUUAGUCAAUGUCCUAGGACUCAAGACCCCUCAAUGGACUUGUUUUACCUUUUUGUAUUCUUGGUUUCUCUUCAGAUUUACUUCAGAUGACAUUUCUCUAA